AUGAACACUCUGACCCGGGAAGACAUUUUGCUUCAAGCGGCCACACGAUUUGUUUGUUAUCCCUUGUCCCGUGUACAGACCAUCCAACAAUCGGGUGUGUUAGGAGUAGAGGGUGGAAUAUUUCAAGCGGUAUUGAGAGUUGCUGCUUGUAAACAACCAUCUUCCGAUGGUGCUCAAAAGGAUCAUGAUGAUGAAAACGAUUUGAAACAUUCAAAACAAAAAAGAUUGAUUGCUGCAUUGAAGAAGAUUAAUUUUUCAUCAUUUUGGAAAGGAUUUGAUGCUCAUAUAUUGGCCAUUUUAAUUCGAUUAUCAAAAAUUGCUCCGAGAAUCAGGUCAGCGAUUUUCUCAAAGCUUAAUAAUUCCACCUAUCUUCCGAUAAUAUUUGAUCCUCUUUUUACAUACCCAUUUGAAAUGGCUCGUGUUAAAUUGGCAUCGGACAUGUCUCCACAAAACAGAAAUGUGAUUCAAGUGCUUUCAAAAGUUAUUGAUAAUACUGGACUUGCGGGAUUGUUCCGAGGCUAUCAUUUACACAUUUUAGGAAUUGCUCUUCAUCAAGUUGCUUACUUUACUGGUUACAGCUUGCUUGGCUCUAUUGUACCGGUUAAAAAGGAUUCCUUUAUGGGUGCUCUUGUGGUCAGCAACAUUGCUUCGACCUUCUCCAGCUUAUUUACCUAUCCAAUUGUUACAGUCAUGAGACGUUUGCAAUUGGAAGCAGCCGAAGAUGAACAAAAAACGUCAUCUCAAGGAACCAUUCAAACAGUGAAAAACAUCAUUCAAAAUGAAGGUAUUACAGCUCUCUACAGUGGAUUCCCACUUUUGGUUUGUCACUCCACAUUGGCACCACUCACUCUCAUGUUUUUAGACAUGGCCUAUGAUUACAUUUCCAAAAAAUUCAAAUGA